AUGUUUUACUUACAGAAACUUGUCACAGCUGCUCAGGAUGGAAAUGUAAAAGAUGUAAAAAUAUGCCUACAGAAUAAAGCAGACAUUGAUUAUCAAGGGGAAAGAGGAUGGACAGCAUUAAUGUGGGCUGCCGAGGAAGGACACCUGGAGGGUUUAGGAUACACAGCAUUAAUGGAGGCUGCCAGGGGAGGACACCUGGAGAUCUGUAGACUCCUCAUUGAUACAGGAUUUGUAUUAUUCCAGGUUAGUGGAUUGACAGCAUUAAUAUUGGCUGCCAUUGAAGGACACCUGGAGGUCUGUAGUCUCCUCAUUGAUACAGGAUGUAAGACCGACAUCACAGAUGGUUUAGGACUGACAGCAUUAAUGAGGGCUGCCUGGUAUGGACAUCUGGAGAUCUGUCGUUUCCUCAUUGAUAGAGGAUGUAAGAUCGACAUCACAGCAGCAAGAGGUGGAUGGACAGCAUUAAUGAGGGCUGCCUAUGGAGGACGCCUGGAGGUCUGUAGACUCCUCAUUGAUAGCGGAUGUACGAUCGACAUCACAAAUAGAGAUGGAUUCACAGCUUUACAUGAGGCUGCUCAGGAGGGACAUCUGCAGACCACAAGAUGUCUGGUAGAACAAGGAGGUGCAAGUCCCUUGGUUACAACACAUAAGGGUAAAACUCCAUAUGAUCUGGCAGCAGCAAAACUGAAGUUUGAUCCAAGAUACAAAGAAGUAGUGGAAUACUUGCAGAAUAUCCGUGAUAUAUCAGAAUCCAUUUUGACCAAACUCACCGAGUUGAAUAGAGAUGACUUCCAGGAUCUUGUCGCUCUAGGAACAUUUUCUUCCUACGAAAACAGGGUGUUUUUGGCUGGUCCUUGCAACAUUGGGAAAUCUUCGCUAGCAAGUAUUUUAAUUGACGAGGCAAUUCCAAAGACAUGGUAUUCAACAGAUGGACUAGUUAUUCAUUUUGGUAGAAAUGGCAUAGACUUACAACACAGAAAAAUGAUUCCAUUGAAAAAAGGUAGUGCUGAUAUUUUAACAAAACUUCUACUUGGAAAUCCUGAAUUAAGAGAACAUCAAAGACGUCCUGUUGAAUCCAAAAUAGAGCAGAAUGUUGAUAAAAAUAUAGAUAAAGUCCUAGGUGAUCCUAAAUCAAAUCUUACAACAAAUGAAUCUAAUUCAAAUCCACCUAAUAUGGAUAACUUUCCGCCAAAACAGCAUACUGUCCAUUCCAUACAAGAUGAUUUAUCGGAGAAGAUAAAGGAAGGAACUUAUAUCAUGAAAAUAGCACCUUCGGAUUUGGUUGAUUUCGGUGGGCAAAGAUCGUUUGAUAUGACUCAUCAGUUAUUUAUCCAGCACAGGGGGACGUUCAUUCUGAUGUUUGAUGGACGUUUGGGUCUUUAUACAGAGUUAGAAGAAUAUCCACAAGGAGAUGUUACAGCUGCAUCCAUUAUUUUGCAUUGGAUUAACUCUAUAUUGACUUACUGUACAAAAAGUGAUGACAAAAUGCCACGAAUUGUGUUUGCUGCUACCCAUAGUGAUAGCUUCUCUGAGGAUGAGAAAAAUAAAUUAGUUGUAAUAUUCCAAGAAGAGCUGACAAAGAUGUUUUCCUCACACAAGCUUCAUGAGCAUAUCAUGUACGAGAAAGUCUUUUUUAUCAACGCAAUAGACGACGCAGACAAAGAGCUUGGUUGUUUGAAGGAUAAAUUAGUUGAUAUAGCAUUUCAGCAGUCAACAUGGGGACAACAAAUGCCGAUUGUUUGGGUACCUCUUGAUUUACAGAUAUCAGAUAUGAGAACAGAUGGAGUAAAGUUGAUAACGAAAGAAAAACUCUUAGAGAUGAACAAAAACAAUGAGGAAUUUGCUCUAAGUGAAAGAAGAGUUGAAGACUUCUUACUUGUGCAACACUCAAUUGGAAAGCUAUUGUAUUUCAAUGAACCUGCUUUAAGAGAUUUCGUUGUCAUUCAACCUUCAGCAAUGGUCAAUAUCCUGAGAGCUUUUAUUACAGACAUAAUGUUUUGGCCAGAAAAAGGACCUGUUCGAGACAUACUGGAGAAUUUAUCAUCUACAGGAGUUCUAACGAAGACAGACCUUUUUACUCUGUGGUCACAACCAGCUUUCGAGGAUAUUUUGACCGAUGUCAGAACAAAGGAAUAUAUAGUGCAGGUCCUCCUUCAUCUUGAUAUCCUUGUAGAACCUAAAAACUACACCUGGAAAGAUACACCUGCAGAUUCAUUUCUGAUACCCUGCAUGGUGAAGUCUAAAAUUCCAAGAAAAAUGCAGAAUGCUGCAACAGAUGACAGAGCAAUAUGCAUAGCGUAUCAUAUAAAGGAGACAGUGGUUCCAUCUGCUUUGUCGUUCAAGCUUAUAGGGGCUGCAAUCAGCAUUUGGCCUUUGAAAGAAGUUGAUGCUCGUUUUUGCCUUUAUUAUCAAGCUGCAGUUAUGGAUACUGAUACCAGAAAUGAACUUCAAAUUCAUGUGGAAGGGCACAGAAUUGUUGCAUACCUCGUAAAUGACACGUCAAAACACCUCAUUUCACCAGAUUUAGCAACAACGAUACAGGAAUGCUUGACAUUGGCACUAGGACGAAUUCUUAAGUUUUAUGGGCAUUGUUUUGGUAGAGAAAAUCACCAUGUUACGUCAGACCUUUUUGAAAUAGAAGUUGGAGAAUUAUGCACAGGUGAAACUUGUUUAAUUCCUCUGUCAGAUGCAAAAACGAAAGCACGUUGGAGAUGCAAGAAUGGGAUAAUACACAACACGAAAUUUCCUUUGAAUUGGAUUGUUGAUAAGCAAUUAUUGCUCAAAAGUUCUGUUUUGGAAGAUAUUCUACCAUCUGUCCAGUCAUUGAAUUAA